GCUAGUUCAUUCGCAACAUUGCUGGUGAGCAGAUCGUUUUGUUGUGCGCGCGCGAAAUCGCAUAAAUUGCGAGAGAGAGAGUGUCGCAUUUGUAGCAGAAAAAAAUAAAAGAAUAUAAUAUUCAGUUAAGAAGGAAGAGACCUAGAAAGUAAAAUUAUUUUUCUUUAGGAACAAAAAAAAAAGAGAAACAUUUUCCUGCUGAGUGCUCCAAAACAAUCAAUAUUUGAUGCUAUAUUUGAACACAUUUUGCCCCAUAUUCCCUGUGCAAUACACACAUGUAUCCACUAGUCCAUUGGCGUAAGUCAAUGGAGUGUGCGCGUGAGUGAGCAUAAAAUUCGUGAGGGAGACAUUUAAUAGACUCCUCCACACGCGAGAGGAGAAAAAAAAAGAGGCGCCUAUUUUCCCAUUUUUUUUUAAGAAAAAGCUAACUAAUAGUGUGCUUCUGCACCCAAAAUUAUCCGCCCCGGAGAGACAAACUACUCCAUCACGUCCAGUGUGAUGGUAACCAUCCGCCGUCGAUCGUAUUCUCUGGAUACGAUUCACGUCAAGUCAUUCACGGAGCCAUCGUAACGCGGGCAUUCAAAUAAAAAGGAGGAAAAGUGGCCAUAAGAGCAAAACUCUCGGUUUGUGUGGAAAUUGGAGCAAAUACAACGUUUGCACGAAAGAAGGAAAAUUGUGUGCAACGCAAGGGAACACAAGAAAAAAUCGGUUGAGAGAGCGAAAAAGUAUUGCUUCGCAAUUUAUCGAAGAAAUUCUUUGCGCUUCGGAGUCAACACAGCAAUUUUUCGUCUGGGAUGUUUAUAAAAAUAUAAUAAAAAGAUAUAAAAGGAAAAAAAAGGGAUAAUAAAAAUCCAUUUGUUUGCCACGAUAAAAGAAGUGAUGUAUACGCUGUAAGAAAAUUGAGGAUAACAUCAUAAAAGUUAUCUUUGAUGACACCAAAUGAUGCAAAUUAAUUUGCCACUAUAACUCACUAAUAUAGAGUUUAUAAUCUUUAAACAAUUCUUCUUAUUAUAAAUAAUGUGAUAAAAGCCGGUGUAUUUUCCACGCAAAACUUAAUAAAAUCAAGCACAACGCAGAAAGUAGUCAAGCAGCAGUUGGAAAAGCAAGCAGAAAUAAUUAAUUUUUCCCAAAAAAAUAAAUCUAAAAAAGCAUAAUAUUUACUAUUAAAUAAUUUUUUGAUACUUAAAAAAACACAAAGUGCAAUUUGGAAAUUGGGAGAGCUGAGAGAAGGAAGAAAAGCAGCAGCAGCAAAUAUGAGUGGCAACAAUAUUCAAUCCAUACUGCACGAAACGAUGGCAGCAGAUCAAAGAGGACAUUCAACUCAGCGAAGAAAUAGCAUCGAAUCAAACUUGAGCAAAAUCACACCGCAGAAGCCCGUCGUGGACCUUGUGGUGGGAAUGAUUGCUCUACCAACACUCAUCAUUUUCGCCCUAAUGCUAGAGACAAAUAUGCAGGGAGAUUGGACAGAGGCACCUGAGAGCCGAUGGACCGUUCUUGGCAUUGGAAUUGGUUUAAUCCUCAUCAGUCUCCUUGUAUGUGGUUACGUUACGCACAGAAUGGGUGUUUGCCUAUGGGCUGGACCCCAAGAUGAUUCAGAUACUCAGUCCAACAUCAACAGAGAAGCCUCCGCUGUGGAUGUCUUCAGCAUUGGCGAUCAUCUACCACCAAGCUACGAUACUGUCAUGCAGAUGGACUACAAUGCACCACCGCCAGCAUAUCACUGCGUAGUUCUCGACUGCGAAACAAAGACCUCAUUCCGGAUUGAAGAUGAGACCACACAUCACAUCUAGUCAAAAAAAAAAAACAAAAUUAUGCCCCCUACCCGUAUUCCACGGGAAAAGAGCAAUAAAAAGUCUUUCUGUUUUCUUUUUUCAAUUUUUUGAGAAUAUUUUAUUCACACCAAAUUGGCAUCUUUCUCUCGCAAAUUAUCUUUAUUUUUUUGCAAAGAAAAAAAAACAGGAAAUUUUCUCGACUGUAUUAAAAAGAAACUUAUAAAGGAUUUUUUUUAUUUAAAUGAAAUUCUGCAUUAAGAUGAUGAAAUUUCGACGUAGAGCACACAGUCUUACUGACCCUGCUUAUCUUUAUCUUUGUCGCUGCUCUUUUUAUCUUUAUUGAGUGAUCCAACAACAUCACGAAUUGCUUCAGAUUGUGGAUCAACUCCGGGCAAAUUCUCAAGAACGCUCUG